AUGGCCAUGCCUGCGGCUGCGGCCGGGCCAGCGGGCGCUGCGGGCCCGCCGAGCACUGUGGACCCCAGGGAGCCCAGAGGCGAUGACCCGCACCGGCGACCCACGCUGCAGCUCCGGGAAGGAGCCGAGGCCAAAGUUCGCCGAGGCUACCCGUGGCUGCCGUCCAAGGCAGUGCGCAACCCGGAGGCUUUACAGGCCUUUACGCCUUGCCUCGUCAACGUCGAGGCCACGGAUGGCGACGUGCUCGGGGUGGCACUGUACAGCGGGCUCGGUUCCAUCGCAGCCCGCAUGCUGUGCACCACCGCAUAUGUGCGCAUCGACGCUGCCUUUUUCGCAGCGCGAUUGCAGAAAUGCCUCGCCUAUCGUGAGAGGCUCUUUCCGGAGCCGUUCUACCGCUUGGUCCACGGAGAGGCAGAUGGUCUCCCUGGCCUGAUGAUCGAUCGCUAUGCGGAUCAUGUAGUCAUUGCGCCGGCUGCCGGCAUGGAUUUGGUUUUGUGGCCCCUUGUCGAUGCAUUGGAGGAGGUCUUGAAGCCCAAGGUGGUCAUCAUCCGUCAAGACACGCUCGGGCGGAAACGCGAGGGCGCAGCGCUGCGGCGGGAGGUGCUCUCGGGCCGCUACGUGGGCCCCACGGAGCUGCGGGAGAAUGGCGUCUCAUUUGCAGUCGAUCUUCUCAGUGGCCAGAAGACUGGUUGGUAUUAUGACCAGCGUGACCACCGGACGUUGUUGGCAUCUCUGGUCGCGAAUACUCCUCGAGUGCUGGACGUCUACAGCUAUGUCGGCGGCUUCGGCGUCACGUUGGCGCACUAUGGUGCGGAGUCAGUGGUUUGUGUGGACAGCAGCGAGGCCGCUCUGGAGCUUUGCCGGCGGAGCGCUGCGAUGAACUCCGUGUCGCCACGGGUCAGGCAGGUGCAGGGCGACGCGAUGAAGUUCUUACAGGAGCACACUGGGCAAGAUGCUGCCAACAGAGGUGACGACACGGAGUUUGAUCUCGUGAUUGUGGACCCUCCUAACCUGGGAGUGGAUCGCAUGGGUGCACCGAAGGCGCUUCGGCACUACGAGAAGCUGCUGAACUCGGCCGCGCAGCUCUGCGCCUCUCCGGGCUGGCUCUUCGUGGCCUCCUGCACUUACAGCAUAGGCGAGCGCGAGCUCUCUGGCGCGGCGAGCCGUGCCCUGGCUUGGGCUCAGAGAGAGUACCGGCUGGCGGCCACAAGCCGCCAGGCUGCCGAUCAUCCUGGUCAUUUGAUGCUGCCAGAGUCGCAGUACCUGAAGGGCGAGCUCCUCGCAGCGCUUGCGCCGCAGCUCGAGGCGCGGCUUUCCUCCGACGGCUUUCGAGCCAGAGACCUGGCGAAGGUCUGCAAAGCCUACAGCGCCCUCCGCUUCCAUGAUGCGGCACACAUCUCGGCCUUAGUCGCCUGCUGCAGGUUCACGCUGGACGAGGCCUCGGCGGCAGAUCUCGCGCAGCUCGCGGAAGCGGCGAUGCGAGGCGGCGUGAGGGACGCGGACGCCUUCCUCAAGGAGGCUGCGAUGCUCGCGAGCAAGCGGGCGGCCUUCAUGCUGCCCUUCGAGAUGGGCCUCUGUGCAGUCACAUUUGGACCUUCUGCAGCCGACUUCCUGGCUAAGAGCCCUUCGAGUGAGCUCGCAGCAAUGGAGGCGGCGGUGGCGUCAGCAGAGCUGCUCCAUGCCAUUUGCCGUGCGGCUGCUUCUGCAGCUCCGAGGCUUCAGCCACACCAGGUGGCCGCCGUUUUGGAGGGCUGCGCCAGUUGGCGCCUGGGCCUGCCAGCAGCACCUCUGGCAGCACUGGCGGCAGCAGUGUCGGCACCGGCACAUCUCACGGCCAGCGCGCUUCAGAGCCUCGUCCUGCUCUUGCCCGCUUCCACGGCGGAGCUUCCGGAAGCAGCGUCAAAGACACUUCAGGGCCCACUACGCCUGGACAGCGAGCGGCAGGAGACGGCGGCUGCGGAACAGGAGGUGCCGGACUCAGGCCUACAGGCCCAGCGGGUCGGGAUAACCUCAAAGACCAAGUCGCGACGCCAAAGUAUUGCAGCCAUGGCGGCUGCUGCAGAGGUCUUGCAUGCCUUCAGAGAGCGGGCCUUGACGAUUGCGCAGCUCCGUGCAGUUCUGCAGCGAGUGGUUCCAGAUCUCGACGAUGACACCAUGCACGACUUGCUGGAGCACGCCGGUCAGCCAACCGAAGAUGGCGAACUCGCGCGCAUCCCCGACUUUUGCAACUACCUGUUCGACCAGUGUUUGGGUCACGAGUUCCGUGGAGUCAGCGUUGCGCAUUUGCGCGACUCCUUGCUCCCUGAGGUGCUGCGCUGUGGCCUGCACGUCGAUGCGCGAGUCUACGAGAUUGAGCCUCUCAUCAUUCGGCCCAAGGGCGCUGCAGUCCGAUGCCCACGUGAUGGCAGGUUAGGCGCGGCUUAUGUCGACAGCAUCUUCGGAAGCCAGAAUGCAGGAGGCGCCGCCUACAUGCUGAGCUACACUUGGGGCUACAAGGUCAAGGACAUAGUAGAGACCUUGACGGAUUUCUGCUUCGCACGCGAGAAGCGGCCAGAGGAGACCUACCUUUGGAUCUGCUGCCUGUGCAUCAAUCAACAUCGCGUCAAAGAGGCCCAGGCAUCCGGCGAUGUCGUGCCCUUUGAGGACUUCGAGAAGGCUUUUGGUCAGCGAGUGUCGGGCAUCGGACACAUCGUUGCUAUGAUGGCUCCCUGGCAUGAGCCCAUGUACAUUUCGCGCAUAUGGUGUGACUUCGAGAUGUUCACGGCGAAGCAUGUGGCUGCAUCGCAGGUGACUAUCGUGAUGCCGCCGCGGGAGGCCGAGGAUCUUCGCCAGGAGUUGGUCAGCGGCCAAGGCGUCAAAGCUGUGUGGAACGUGCUUUCACGACUCGACGUGGAGACAGCCCAGGCCUCUGUAACCAGAGAUCGGGAGCUCAUUUUGCAGAUGAUUCAAGAUGGCCCUGGAGCACAUAAGCUCAACACGGUAAUCGCGGAGCAUUUGAAAGACUGGAUUUUGGAAGCCUGCGAAGGACACCUGCUCCACGCACUUCGUGACGGUGCAGCAUCGGUUGCCGUAGCGAAUCUCUGUAGCGAGGUUGGGGGCCUCCUCUCAGACAUGGGAUAUCUGGAGAGAGCACACUUCGUGAUGGAGGAGGGGCUGAGGCUCCACGAAAGCGGCGGUACUUUGGGGUCCAGUGCUGGCGCGGACUUGCUGGCCAACCUGGGUGAGAUUCAUGAGAAGCAGGGAGAUCUUGAUGGUGCUGCCGAAUUCUAUGAGCGGGCCUCGCUGUGCUUUGCGGCGACCUUGGCUCCAGUGCCCUUGGACUAUGCAGCUCUGAAGCGACGCCAAGGACGACUCCUUGGGGUGCGAGGUGACUUGGAGGGAAAGCUGAAGCUUUACGAGGAGGCGCGGCGCAUCUGCGAGUUGGCCAAUGCACUGGAAUCCACUGAAGGGACCGUGCUCCUCUCCUCCAUCGGCGCCGCGAAGCGGCAGGCAGGCGACAUGGAGGGCGCCGUGCAAGCCUACGAGGAAGCACUCGGCAUCCAUGAGCGGCUAGAAACACUGGAGUCGCCGGAGGGCGCCACGCUGCUCUCGAACAUCGGUGUGGCGCGGCUGCGGCAGAGGAAGAAGAAAGCCGCGAAGCAGGCUUUCGAGCGAGCGAUGGCCAUUCGAGAAAAGACUGGGACCUUGGAAACGUCGGCCGGAGCCACGCUGCUCACGAACAUUGCGGAUGUCCAGGAGCUCUUCGGAGACGCCGAGGGUGAGCUCAGGCUCUACCUGCAGGCCAAGGACAUUCGUGAGAAGACGGGCACCUUGGACUCCUCGGCCGGAGCGGUGGUCCUGUCGCACAUCGGGAGCAUCUAUGCGAAGCGAGGAGAUCGCAAAGAAGCUCUCUCGUGGUAUGCUCGGGCGCGGGAUGCUCGAGAGAAGUCCGAGACAUUGGAAACCGAUGCGGGUGCCAAGUUGUUGGCGAAAACGGCGGAGUUGCUGAGCCAGGAGGACCGGCCCGCGGCGGUGGCCCUCUUGGAAGAGGCUUGGUCAAUCCGAAAGCGCUCCGAGACCUUGCACUCCGAAUCAGGUGUGAAGCUCCUGUCCUCCCUUUGCAGCCUUCGUGGGGAUUUGGGAGAGUACGAAGCAGCGGAGGAGGCUUGGGAGGCAGCAAGAGAACUUGUGGAAGCCAUGGGCGACAGCUCGACGAUGCCCGAAGUAAGGCUCCUGGAACUGCGCGGAGACCUUCGCCGCCAGCGAGGGGAUGCGAAGGGUAGCUUCGAGGCCUGGAGCGAAGCCGCCUCGAUGCGCUCGGUGCUUGGCAAGGUCACUGGAGCGCCUGCGGCAGAUCUCUACGUGAGGCUCGCGGCCGUUUGCGAGGAAUUGGGAGAGAUUGCGCUGUCGGAGGAUUAUCAGGACCAAGCUCUUCAGGCCAGAUCCAAGCACACGCCGAAGAGCCAGAAGGUCAACAACCUGAACAACACCCAAUCGUCCUGGACCUCGGAGGCUUGGCCAACUUCACCUUAG